AUGUUGGAACAUAAAGUUUUGAUCUUCUUUCUGCCUUGUCGCUUGCAUACACUUACGCAUAUUUUACUUCACGACAUCUCGGCAUUGCAGUCUAUAAAGACCGCAAAAGAUUUAUGGCUCACCUCGCAGCGGCUACGGACGCUGUCACUGAACCAGCAGUAG